AUGGCGCUUCAAGCUGGAGCACUGCUCACCACCAAAUGUCUUGCGGAGGUUGUGAAGGCCCAGAGGAAAGUGCGCAUCUUGGACUCUUCUUGGUACUUACCCAAACUGCGGCGCAACGCCAAGACCGAGUUCAAGAAGCGGCACAUCCCGGGAGCAGCUUUCUUUGACAUAGACCAGUGUUGUGAUAAAACGUCUCCCCUGGACCACAUGCUGCCAUCAGAGACGUUUUUUGCAGAUUAUGCCGGAAAUUUGGGGAUAGAGAACGACACGCACGUCGUGGUGUACGACGGCAGCGAGUUCGGCGCGUUCUCUGCGCCCCGUGUGUGGUGGAUGUUCCGGGUGUUCGGGCACAGCGCGGUCUCGUUGCUCAACGGGGGGCUCCGGAACUGGGAGCUGGAGGGGCGACCGGUGGGUGACCAGUACGCCAGACCAGCACCGACCGAAUUCAAGGCCUCCCUGAACCGCUCCUGGAUCAAGACCUAUGAGGAUGUCCUGGAUAACCUGGACACCAAAGCGUUCCAGGUGGUGGACGCCAGGCCCACAAGGAGGUUCAAAGGACUAGACCCGGAACCCAGAGACAACACAGAGCCGGGCCACAUCCCUGGCUCCAUCAGUAUGCCCUUCCAUUCCUUCCUGUCCCAGUCGGGUCACUUCCUGCCCAAGGAGCAACUCCAGGCUCUCUUCGCCAAGGCUGGCGUGGACCUCAGCCGCCCAAUUUGUGUCUCGUGUGGCUCGGCCGUGACUGCGUGCCUCGUGGCGCUGGCGGCCCACGAAUGCGGGCACCCUGGGGUGUCGGUGUACGACGGCGGGUGGUCGGAAUGGUACACCCGCGCCGUGCCCGAGCACGUCAUAUCUGACGGACGAGGCAAACAUUUGUGAUCGCAUCCCAGGUUGAGGAGUUAAAACUGGAUCAGACGGGUACCAGAUGCCGAAAAAAAGAAGGAUGAUGUUCUGCGCUUGUUUUUGUGAGCUGAAGUUUAAAGGAAUAGUUUGACAUUUUGGGAAAUACUACCUGCUUAUGCUGGCAAUAGCCAGCAGCUGGUUAGCUUAGCUUAGCAUAAAGACUGGAACCAGAAUCAGCCAUACAGCACCUUUAAAUUGUAUUAAUUCACAUGUUGUAUCUUGUUUGUUUCAUCUGUGCACAAAAAGAAAUGUAAAAAUGACAAGUUGUGUUUGUCAGAGCCAGGCUAGCUGCCCCCAGUCUUUAUGCUAAGCUAACCGCCUGCUGUCAUAUUUAGUGUACAGAUAUGAGAGUGGUUCUGGAUCUUCUCAUUCAUUUCUCCACAAAAAAUAAGAAAAUUUGCCAACAUGUAAAACUGUUCAAUACCGAGUGAAAUCA